CUCCUUAUAUGGUCUUCCUCUGACAUACCCCUUCACUCAAUGUUUGUACGCAGGCCCCGCCCCCACCAUUCAUCUGUAUCUGUGUGUGGCCGUAGUAAGGCAUGCGCAGUGCAGACGACGAGUAAAACGGACGGAAUUCAAAGUUUCUGACGAGCCCGACAAGAUGUUCGGCUUCCACAAGUCCAAGAUUUACCGCAGCAACGACGGCUGUUGUAUUUGCAAAACCAAGUCAUCCAGUUCUCGGUUCACGGACAGCGGCAGAUAUGAGGAGAACUUCAGGCUCUGCUUCGGUCUGUUAGAGGAUCGGGUUGGAGACAUCUGCAAUGCUUGUGUGCUGCUGGUAAAACGCUGGAAGAAAUUACCACAUGGAUCAAAGAAGAACUGGAACCAUGUGGUGGAUGCAAGGGCAGGACCUGGCUUCAAGCUAACCAAACCCAAGAAAGUCAAAAAUGGUGAUGGAAAGAAGAAAAGUAAACUGAAAAAGCUUCAUAAAUUUAAAAGACAAAAUUCAGAUGCCCACAGCACCACAUCCAGUAUGUCUCCCUCUCAGUCUCCCAGCCACAGUAAUCAGUCUGACGACGGGUCAGACAUCGAGACCAAGCAGAGGCGUCCAAACCCAGCGGGAUUCUCCUUUCUCGACCUGUCCUACUGGAAGAGGCAAAAGGUGUGCUGUGGGAUCGUCUACAAAGGGCGUUUCGGUGAGGUGAUCAUCGAUCCUCGUCUCUUCAAGCCCUGCUGUAACAAGAAGCGUCCAGCUCUGGCAUCCUCCUCGGACUCUCAGAUCUCACAAACACAUCCUUCCCCUCUUCCAGAGGACCUGAAGGAGGCAUGGUGAUCCAACUAAAACCCCCUCCAAUCUGUCUCGUUGAGGCCCUCAUAGCUUUGUCUCCAGUGGUAGACUCUGAUAUCUUCCCUUUGUUAGAUUACUGCGUAUGAGUUGAGUUUUCCCUUGCUUUUGUAUUUUUAUUAUUUUUAUGACUCUUUUGUAAAAUGUAAGUUUUGUACCUUUUUUUAUAUAUAACAGAAAAGGAGAAAAUGUGGGCAUUAGGACAUAUUUAUAGGUCUGAGUUAGGAAAUUAAAUGUAAUCCAUUUUUUAUUACUGUAAUUUUUUUUUUCUUUUUUUUAUUGGAGUUACCAGUGUUUUGUAAAUAUAAUCUUAUUUUCCAUACCAGUGCACCAAAAGACUUCUAUUUGGCAUUUAGUUUGACGGGUUACAGAUGAAUAAUGUAAAGUGCUGUAUCUAACAUUACGGCCGAGGCAUUAAUGAGAUGGGUGUACUUUUAAGCAAAUAUAACAUUUUACUCAGCCUUGCAGUCUUCUGCUCUGAUUCAAGUGAUAUCACACGCAUGCAUUUUCUGUCUCGGGUUCUUGGGCACAAUAUUCACAAUGUGAAUUCACCUCAGCUGUGGUCUAUGAUAUGGACAUGUGCUUGUAAAAUCUCGUUUUCAUUCUGGUUUGGCAUAAAGAUGUUGCUCAAUAUUUAAAAACGGUUACGGGUUUGUAAAUCUUUUUUAAAAACAAGAUGCAAAAAUACAUUAUCUCAAGAGUAUUUAAACGGUUAUCACUUACACAAUGGCAUAUGAGAGCAUGCAUAAUGUAUUUGUAGGCAUGAUCAGUUUUAUGGCUGUUGGUGAUUGUUUGUAUUUUAUUUGUUGUUGUAUGAAAGUGUUAUUAUACAGAAAGUAAGAGAUUUACACUGUUUUUUUUUUUUUGCCACAUAUUUCAAUAUUGUACACUAAAGGUAAUCAAAGAUGAAAUUGUAUAUAGUCUUUCAGUCUUGAUGUAUUGACCGCAGCCUUUUGUAAGUUUUUUUUUUCUUUUUCUUUGCAGUUUGGAUUAAUUGAAAUGUGACAGAAUUGUCUUUUUCUUUUGAGAAAAAAAAAAUGGUUUAGGCUCUGAAUUUUAGCGAUAUUAUGGAGUUUGCAAUUGGAUUUAGAUGUUCAGUUGUAUUUCUGUGUCUUAUUUGAAUGAAUGUUUGUUUUUAUUCACCAGCAAUAUUUUGCGUCAGCAUUACUGUUGACUUCAAGCUCUUCUUAAAAUUCAUGAGAGCAAAUACAAGAUGUCGAUAAAUUUCAGGGAAAAAUGUUUUUUAAACUAUUAGUGUGGCACAUUCUCAGUCAAUGUGCCUUACCGGGGAUUUAGCGGAUCAUUUCAUUAAGUUAAUUUGUCAUUUUUAACUUAUGCUAUUUAUUCAAAGCUGUCUGUACAAUUAAUGCUGUAAAGAAGUUUUUGUGCACUUUCUUUUUUUUUAUAUACUUUUUAUAAUAUUACCAUUGAUAAGAUUUUGUAUCUCAAUUUUCACAUUGGUAUUUUCAUAAAUUUUUUAAAGUAAA